AUGGAGAUAAUUCUACUAGUUGCGGAUGAUCAAGGGACAAAGCAUGUAGGAGCAUCUAAGCAACUUUUAAAAGAUCCUCACCGAUACCUCCUCAACAUUGGUGAGAAAGUUGAGGAGAAGAUCAGGACAUUGAUCUUGCUAUCAUCACUUCCUUCCUCUUUCGAGUCCUUGAUGGCUGCUCUUCUAGUAGGAAAGAGCACCAUCAAGAUAGAAGAGGUGACUUCUGUACUUCUUCAAAAUGAGAUUCUCAGGCAGGAGAAUCGGGUUUCGAGUUCAGAUAGUGACUCAACUUUGACGAGAUUGCCCUCAAUUCAAGGAUCAAAUGAUGGUACUAUGGUGGCGGCUAAUAACGACACUGAGAUCGUUGAUGUGCUUAUGGUCUCAGAUGAGAUAUCUACUCCUUCCCAGCAAGAAGAGCUGUUUGAGUCUCUGGAGAAUAGUGAGGGCACUAUUUACUUGUCAGAUGGAUUGAGCUGUGCGAUCAAAGACAUCAGGAUGGUCAGUGUGGAGACACAUGAUGGAGCUGUGAGAAAGUUGGAUGAGCAAGCAUGGUGUUUCCUCACUUCAUUCAUUAACCUCUAUACACCCUCCGACGACCCUACUAUCUGGAUUGUCGACUUCUUCAGCCUCGCUGCUAGAUCUGGCACUGGCAGCAUCCUUGCUGCGAUGCUCUUCACCCGUGGCCCCGACGGGCACCCACUCUUCUCCACCGAUAACGCCCUCCGCCUUCUCAUCAAGAACCACUCCCGUCUCACCAUCUACAGUGAGAAGAAAAUUCUCCACAAGAUCUUUCAGCGAUCGGACAGCGGCAGCUGUCAGACAUUCUUCCAACGAAUCCUCGACGACACCGCUCUGCAGGAUAUGGUGAAGCUGGUGCUGAUCCCAUGCUACGAUUUAGCUUUCGAGGCACCAUUUGUCUUCUCACAAGUGGACGUGGUGGAGACAGACGGCUAUGAUUUCUUGAUGCAAGAGGUGUGUGCUGCAACAUGCACCACCACAAUGGUGGUGGAGAUGCAGUCGAUGGAUAGUCGGAUGCGGAUUAGGGCCGUCGGCGGGAGCCUGAUAAUGAGGAAUCCCACGGCGGUAGCCGUCAUGCACAUGUUGAACAACAAGCAAGAGUUCCCCUUCACCAUCAGGGUGGAGAACCUCUUAGUGGUGUAUCUUCAUCCCGGAGAGCUAGAGAUCACUGAAAAAUCAUCGAUGCCACCAUCCGUGACGGAAUUCAUCCGGAUCCCUGGAAUGGGUCAGGCCAACAUUGUGGAUCAAGUGGUGGCCAUGGCAUUCGGGAAGAACAGGGCAGCAAAUCUCAAAUUUUAA